UCAUUACUCAAAUGGCAUUUCCAUUGCAGACAAUAAGUGGACCGCUCCACCAUGGAGCACCUAAACUCGCACUUGAUUCUCAGAGCCGUCAACUUCCACGGACAGCAGUUGCAAAAGCUGUGGGAGGGCGAGUUCGGCGACAACGAUCUGGCCCGCAGAGGCAUCAAGGACUUGAACUUCCAGGUGUACGGCCAGAGGCAGAAGAACCUCUCGUUUCAGGACCGCGGCAAGCGGCUGAAGCUGCAACAAUUCAUUGUGAAGAAGAGCGGCAUCAUCUUUACCAUGCAUCCCUCAGGAUUCAAGAGCCAGACGGACAUCCCUAUCUCGGAGGACUUGUUUGCCAUCACGCCCCCUAUUGAGAUCUAUAUCAAUGCCGAUCGGCAAAAGAGGCUGCUGUUUUUCACCGAGAAUGUGAAGGUCGGCGACCUGAUUCUGGGCACGAUUGUGAGCAAACAGCAAUCAGGGAUGAUGCUGAAAGUCUUGUGCACCGCCGGCAAUGACGGGGUGGUAAAAUACGCCGCUGACAUCAACAUUAAGGCUUUUUGUCCCGUCGCCAAUGUGAUCCCGGCAGUAGACAGGAAGGGCGCAUCGCGCAGUUACAUGAUGAACGACUAUGUCUGUUGCGAAGUGUUGGAAGUGAUCGCAGACACUGAUAAAAUGGUAUGCGGGAUGAAGGGCACCUCUAGAAAGCCCGGCGAUCCGGAACAUCGCCCCCCUUUGGGCCUGAUUAGUACCGACGACUUUCCCUUGAUUUACAAGAAAUCGCUGGAUCAUAAAAAUGAAUCGUUCGAAUCGGUAAUGGAGAAGAGCAUUGGCUUCAACAAUCCCAACAGCAUUCCGUAUUUGGCCAAUCAAAUGGGAAUCAAUGACCAUCUGACCCUGAUUGAAAGCCUUCGCGGACGAUUCCCGGAAAACGAGUACGCCAAUGAGCUGCGCCAAGUGCAGGCCAGUAAAUGGGCGUAUCGAAACGUGGCCGACGGCAUCGACCAUUUUAAGGCUGGCAAACAUGUGGAGGCGUUCCAGUGCUUGAACAAAGCACUCAACAUCGACCCGCGCAACGUGGAAGGACUGGUAGCGCGUGGCGCGCUUUACGCCAACAGCGGCAACUUUCAAAAGGCCAUUGAGGACUUUGAGACCGCGUUGAAGUUAAACCCGAGCCAUGCCAAUGCCCGGAAAUACAUGGGCGAGACUCUGGUAGCACUUGGGCGCAGCUAUGAGGAGGAGAACAAGAUUGAGGAGGCCCGCAAGGCUUAUCAAAGCUGCCUGUCCAUCAUCCCCUAUCACGAGGAAGCGAAGAAUUCUUUGGAAUUUUUGAAGAACAAGGAUAAGCAGGUGAGCAAGAACCUGAUCGAGCCCGCGGAACUGUUGCUGCCCAAUAUUCCCGUGCUGCCCAAGCCGGCCACCGAUGUGAACGACGCCUUGAAGCAGCUACUGAAGAACGAGGAGGACGAGAAGAAGGACAAGAAAAAGAAGAAAAAGGACAAGAAGAAGAUGAAAAAGAAACGCCAUUCUAGCUCGAGUUCAAGCAGCAGCUCAUCGGGAACAGGUGACAGCUCCAGUAGCUCGUCGAGUAGCAGCAGUGACUCGAGCUCUUCGAGCGGCGACUCGGACUUUAAGAAGAAAAAGAAGAGCCGCUCUAGACGCGAAAAGCGCGAAAACUCCCUUAGUCCUCUCAGUAAGCGCAUGGCCAUGAUGGACGCCCAGGCACAUGACGCCUCUUCGACUAGUUUCAACUUCAACAAGCCGGCCACUACCAGCUUUGCCGAGUUUGGAUUUGAAGUGCCCGAAAAGCCAAAGUCAAGCGUCGAGCUGGACUAUGAGGCCAAAGUCAAGGCCUUCCUGUUGGAAACCAAAGACGACUCUGACUACGAAUUAAAGAUUCGCAAAUUCCUCGAGGAGAACGUCAAGUGGAAGAAGGGCAAGGGCGGCGAAGACAAGAAGAAGAAAAAGAAAAAGGACAAGAAAGCGAAGAAGGAAAGCAAAAAGAAGAAGAGGAAGGAAAAGGAAAAGCUGAAACGCAAAGGUCUCGACCUGGACCUGGACGAUCACAAGAAACUGCGCGACGCCAUUAAGAAGGAGCUGAGCAAGGAGAAGAAGAAGAAGCACAGCGUCGCCUCGGAUGAGGAUGAGUACUUUUUGCAAAAGUCCGGCGUUUCCAAAAGGUUUAUAGAGAGUCUGCCCGAUCUAGAGGAACUAGAAUCGAAGCUAAACGCCUAUUAUGCUUUGGAAAAGGACAGCAAAAGAAGCGAUAUGAGCGAAUCCCCCAAACUGUCGCUCUUGGACUCGCCGUCCCCUACUAGAGAACAGAAGGCCAGACAAGCGGUUGCAGAGGCAACAGCGUCGGCCGGAAAAUGGAAAAUGCACUUGGCCGGGCCGCCCCCACAACCCAGCCGCAUGAAGAAGAAGCAGCAGCAAGAGCGCCCGCCGUCGCCCCACUGGCCACCAGAGCUGCCGCCCGAAAAGCCGCGCUCUCGCAACACUUCCAGGAUCGGCUUUGACGAGAUGCAAUCGACGUCCAAGAAGCUGCUGCCGCCCUUGCCGCCUGCUGAGAAGAGUGUCAGUGUGCGCAAGCAGAUGGCGAUGAAGGAGCCGAUGGCCAAGCGCCGCUCUCAGUCUCCGAAGAAGCCGCCCAAGAUGCUGGCGCCGCCACCGCUUCCACCCGCCCCCAAAAUUCCCCAGGGUCAGGUGGUGUUGGAUAAGUUUGGCAACUUCCGCCUGAUGACACCGCCCGAGAUCAAGAAAAGCAAAGAAGCUAUGGGUUUGGGAGGACGCCCGCCUGAGCCGCCAGGACGUCCCCGUUCAGACAGCCGUUCACCUAAACGCAGGUCUCGUUCUCGAUCCCGCCCUAGCAGAUCACGUAGCAGCAGCGCGUCUGGGAGUCGGUCCAGGAGCUACCGGUCCAGAUCCCGCAGCUACUUUUCCAGAAGCCGAUCUCGCUCAGGCUCGUUCUACUCGAGAAGUCGCUCCCGCUCCCGAAGCUACUCGGGCGAUCGCCGCUUUCGCAGAAGAGGUGGCUUUAGAGGAGGCCGAAACGACCGCGGAACUUACUACAAACCGCGCUACCCGAACCCGAGGUUUGAUAAUCGGGGGCGUGGUCGCGGCGGCAACUACUACAACAGGGAUCGAUUUGAUAGGAACUUCCGAGGUCGCGGUCGCCCCUACGACAACUACAACAACCGCAUGGGCAAUCGCAGGCAUCCGCGCGGACGCUACGGCGGCAAUCGUGGCGGGUAUCGCGACUACCGAGAUCGCAGGUACGAGCGAAGCCGCUCAAGGGACCGAAGCAGGUCAUACAGCCGCAGCCCUGAGCGCUCAGACAACGAUUCGCCGAGGAGAACCCGCGACCGUGACGCCAGCAAGGAGAAGAUCAACAAGUAUUCGGAAGGCGCGACCGUGGAGGCGGGCGAGAACCCAGUUAGGCACGAUGGGCCCCUGUCCGAGGGCGAAGACCGGGACGACUACACUAAUAAUGAUACCAGUAAAGUGGUGGACGCAAGUGAGGCAAAGGAUGAUUAGAGGGUAAAGUUGUGUUAAUUUGUACUUCAAUAAACUGUUCUAUGCAUG